UCCUUCUUGCCAUCUAUGUUUGUCGACGCGUCGUUAAAGCAGAAAACUGUGAUGGGUGAAAAAUACUUACCGAUGACUCGGGCAUCAACACUUGAUUUUCGGCGGAAGGCGCAGAAUCAGAACAACUGGUCUGGGCCGUUGCGCCCAGCAAACAUCAUCAGAAAUAAAUUCCCUACCUACAAGAAUGGUUUGAAUGGGAUAGUCAUCAAAUUUGCAGAUGAGCCAGAAACACCAUCUCUUAAGGAGUCUGUUGCCAAAGAGACAGAAGAUCUGCUUGGUCGGCGUCAGCGUCUUUCAGUCCGCGAGCUCGCAAUGAAAUUUGAGAAGGGCCUCAGUACUGCCACAUUAUUGUCUAACGAGGUUAAAUGUAAACAAGUGGCUUUAUUGGAGCGAGACAUCCUUCUGAAGAAUCUGAAGAGUGUAUUGGAGUCACUGAGAGGUCAAGUAGCUGGCAAAUAUAAGGAUGAAAUCGAGGAAUCAGUAUCUAUGGUGGAUAUUUUAGCAGUUCAGCUAUCCAAAAGAGAAAAUGAGUUGCUUCAGCAGAAAACCGAGGUCACGAGAAUAGCGACUUCACUAAAACUGGCUUCUGAAGAUGCUAGGAGAAUUGUUGACGAAGAACGAACUAAUGCCCGCACAGAGAUUGAAAAUGCUAGAGCUGCUGUACAAAGAGUUCAAAAAGUACUUAAAGAGAAAGAGAACAGUUCACAAAGAAUUGUGAAGCAGGAUGUGGAUGAACUUAAGGAAAAAGUUCAAGAAGCACGGAGAGUCAAGAUGCUGCAUUGCCCCAGCAAGGCAAUGGACAUAAAAAGCGAGAUCCAUGUUCUACGUGAUCAAUAUGCUGAGAUAUCUUCCAGUUCCACUCAUCUUUUAAAAGAGUUGAAGUUGCAUCAAAGUUUUAAGGAAAAUGGUGUGCUCUCAUGUGGGUUGGAGGGUCUCGAAAGCUUAGGCUCAAUGCUGCACGUAGUUGUCGACAAUGAUGUGGCCUUAUCGAACAAUUCAGUACAAUGGUUCCGCAUACAGCCUGGGGGACACAAGAAGGAAAUCAUUUCCGGUGCCACAAAGCUAGUAUAUGCUCCAGAACCUCAUGACGUAGGGCGGUACUUGCAAGCUGAGGUUAACCUUGGUGGUGAAAUCUCCGUCGCGAAGACUGCUGGUCCAUUAGACCCUGCACCAGGUUUGGUCGAUUAUGUAGAGACCCUUGUAAGGAAUCCCGAAACCGACUACAAUGUUGUUGUCCUUAAAGUGAACGGAAUCAACCAGCCUACAGACUCCAUCCACGUCCUAUGCGUCGGGAAACUGCGGAUGCGACUUGCCAAAGGAACGACGGUCGUGGCCAGGGAAUUCUACUCGUCGUCGAUGCAGCUAUGUGGUGUUAGGGGCGGUGGAGAUGCUGCACCACAAGCAAUGUUCUGGCAGCCCAGGGAAGGCCUCAGCUUGGUCCUGGGCUUCGAGACGCCCAGGGAGCGCAACUCGGGGAUCAUGCUCGCCCGGAGAUUCGCCAUCGAUUGCAACAUUGUGCUUGCCGGUCCAGGGGACAAAACUCCGUGGUAACACAACCAAGCACAUCAGCUAACUUAGUUCUGACCAUUGACGGAAUCAGUGUACAUCUAUCUCUGUGCAGUGCACGGCGGCGUCUGUUUAGUAGUAGCUCAAUGCCUACUUGGCAUCGGUUCAUAGUUUUGUUGCCUAUGUUUCUUCAUCUUACUUAUUCUUUCACGUCAAUGUAUCCUGCUAGUUAGUAUUUUGCUAGGUAGAGCAGCGUGUUUUUUAAUUUUAUUUUCCUGAGACCCUGGUGCGAGAUCUAUAGCUGUGUGCCAGCGCCAUUGUAAUUUUUUUUGUGAACUAGUAUAAGAAUGUGAUGCUGAUGCAGACCAUCA